AUGCCUCGACUUCCGCCCCUUGACAAGCUACCUCUUGCGGCACGCAAAAACCUCCGCGAUGAAUGGCAGAACAAACAGGCAGACUUCGAAGAGCAGCUCUCGAAAGCCAUGGGUGUUGAUUGGAAGAUCGACAUUGAGGCUCUUGCUGUGGUGCCUUACGGCGCGGCGGACUCUUGGGCCCGUGAGAGCCCAGGCUCGAUGAUUGCAAACUAUGUCGAGGAGGCUAUUAAGGAACUCGAAAGAAACCCCAAGUAUCACGACGAAAUCAAUAAGCUGGCCUCAGCUCAUGUUCUCACCAUGGACGUGGAUGAGGAAGAAACGUUUGAUGCAUGCGGAGUUAAGUUCACAAGCGAUGGGAAGCUUGCUAUAGUGUUCGGCGCCGACAGACUCGGCUCCAACACUGGCGACGCUUUCUGGCAUAAGAACCUGGAGAAGGGAAUCAGCUUGGCUCCUACUACGGACACACUGAGCUUCUAUGCCCGCAAAGGCAUCCGUGAGGACUACGAGCCGGACAUUGCCGACGUACAGUCUGAGCUGAAGGAUAUCCUACACAAGGACAUUACUCUACACCCCCACUUCGAGGAGGUUUAUGGGAAACUGAAGCAGACCAAGAAUGGAACCGACUUUGAUCAAUACCUCGGUGCAUUUAUACUCAACUACUUCCGUGGCCUGGUCAGUACGUUGAAGUGGCGCAAAUUUGACAGCGAUGACAUGCUACAAGAGGCGUUGAAUGAGGCUAUGGAGAAGGGAGAAGUGCACUUUCGCAUCCUUGAUACAGUUGAGGGAAGCAGUGGAGAGGCAGCCAUUGAAGAUGGUAUACUCUACUUGCAGACAUCCCCUGACAAGUGGGGAUCAAACAUUGACGACAUCUCCAACAACAUCAUGGACCUACUUUGA